AUUUUUUACAAGGUUUAAUCAAGGGCAAAGGCAAUAAAAACUAUCACGUCACAUGGAAACUAGACUAUAAGAUAAUAAAAUUUAAUUUGUUUUUUUAGGCUAGUCGUUAGAAUUAAAAUCCGGACAAGUGCGAUUCGGACUCGCUCACCGAGGGUUCCGUACUUUUUAGUAUUUGUUGUUAUAGCGGCAGCAGAAAUAGAUCAUCUGUGAAAAUUUCAACUGUCUUGCUACCACGGUUCAUCAGAUACAGCUUGGAGACAGAUGGACAAACGGAACCCUGAAAAUAACCAAAACAUGUCUAAUUUUCAUUAAUUUUAAAUUUCAAAUCGUUAGGUACCCUGCAUACCUACAGCAAUUUAUACAGCCGAGGGAUUCUAGUAUUGAUGAAAAAAACCCGCGCGAUUGCCAGAUCUUCUGUCAAAAUCCAUCAUGCGUUUGUUAAAGGACAGCUUCAUCACUGUCCUGCCUAUCUUUGCUCUCUUCACAUACUCUGCAGGGGCUCAAAAAUGCGACCGGAUCAAAAUCGGGAACGAAUACUAUAAAAGACAACUCAUAGCUACCAUAGACGGCUAUCCAACAGGCAUCGUCAUCGAUCCAAGGAAUGAAAACAUUUUUUUUAUUCUCCAUAAAAGGAAUUAUACCAGAGGAAUCCAUUUACUAAAACACGGCGCUUUGGGUAUCAAAGAAAUACCAAUUAGCGAUGAUAUGAUAGGUCAAUGUGUCGCUAUAGAUAUCCCAAGCAAUGUGAUCUAUUUUGGAACAAAUCAAGGACUUGUUACCUUCGAUUCUACCAGAGAUAUCGUCGCUUCAGAAAGACCUAUAGGCGACGAUGAUAUUCGUACUAUAUUCAUAGAUAAGACUGAUAAUCAAAUGUAUAUAUCCACUGGCCCUAACCAUGAAAUCUUCAAAUUUGUCAACGGAUCAUAUGCCGUAAGAAGGUAUGAAAAAGUCAUAAAAGCAUACAGCUUUGUACUAGACGCCCAAGGCAAUGCUUUUUACGAAUUCGUCGAUGGAAGAAUCUACUUUUUCGCUACUGAUUUCUAUGAACCUAUACAAUAUAAAGGGUUUUCUAGAGAACUAAAAUACAUACUAAGAUUAAACAUGCAAGAUGAAGCGAUUGUGGCUGUAAAAGGUUCCUUAUUCAAACUGACUACAAAAAGCAUUUUGCCCGUGAAAAUUGGACAGCUCGGUUUCAAAAUUACUGGAAUAGCUUUUGAUGGAAAGAAUAAUAUAAUUGUUGGAACAAAAGGGAAGUUAUAUAGAUAUAAGCCGAUAAACAGUAAUGAUCCUUGUCCUGCUGAUGAUUAUUUUAUGGCCACUAUUUAGGAAGAAGUAGAAGGCUUACUCCGAAGAUAUAGGUAUCGUAAAACUAUCCAACUAUCGCCCAGUACUACUAUUAAGUUCAAUACGUAAUUAUCUAUAUCUACCAAUCCUCUUCUUUCUCCUAUUUGUGAAAGUACCUUAUGGCGUCCACUAGCUGGCGGUGCACGGCGCGGGCACACCCAUGCGGGCGCCAUUGUAGGUAAAAUCUGUCGCACGCGCCAGUUAGCGUUGUUCAUACUUACUAUUUUUCGUUAACCCGCUCGCCCGCUCUGUGCAACCGCGUCAUGGUGUUAUUACUGGAACUCUGAAAUAAUAGUCGAAUAUAUUCGAUUUAGUGUGGUAGUUAAGAGCUUGUGGAGUUAGUUGGGAGGUUUUGCGAUAACAUAAUGACAACUGCAUUUAUACAGAAUAAAUUAAUUUCUUAUUUAUGUAUUUUAUUGUAGAUUCUUAGAUGUUUUAUUUUAAGAAAGUUUCGGAAAAUAGUUUCAAAAAUAAAUAAAUAUACUCUGGCAAACCAGUUAUUCCAGUAGAAAAAUGCGGCAAAUUUGAAGAAAUAGCGAGAAGGAUUGAUCAUUCAAACAAUUUUUGAAAUUCGCAUCUUUUUCUACUGACAAACUUGGCUUGCCAGAGUAUAACUUACAAUAUGAAUAAUACACAAGGAAAUUAAUUUCAACCUAGGCUGGAAAGUAAUCAACCCAUUUAAAAAUCCAUAAUAGUACCACAAUUUAAAAAAAUGGAGCCAGUUGGUUUAUCAGCGGCAGAUGGCAAAAGGCCCGACGGCUGCUCGCUCGUACCUUGAUUCCUGGGGCGGCCCCUGGCGUGGGAUGUAACAUGCGUUGAUACGCUGGCCCCAUCUCAUGUCCGGCGCUCUGCCAGGAAGCCGGGGACGGCAGCAGACGACGCCCAAAUUGCCAAGUGUCGCAAAUAUGCAUUUUUAAAAAGUAAUUAUGUAUUUGCGGCACUUGCGAUUGAAACUUUCGGUCCUUGGUCGUCCGACACCAAGAAACUAGUAAAAGAAAUUUCUACUAAACUAGUCUGGGUGUCUGGCGACCUACGAGCUGGCGCUUUUUUCGCACAAAAACUUAGCCUCACUGUGCAGAGAGGGAACGCGGCCAGUGUCCUGGGAACAAUGCCUCAGGCUAAUUUAGGCUUAGUUUUUUGAUAAUAUAGCUAUUGUAAUUGAUUAUGUAAAUAUAUAUUUCCCUCUAAUGUUUUAAAAUAUUAAAUAGUACUGUCAUUUAAAAAAAAUUAUUACAACAGUUUCAGAGAAAAGGAUUCAGACUAGUUUUCCGAACGAAUAGUUAUAAGUACAAUCAGCAAAGCUAUUAUUGUAUAUAGGGUGCUAAGCUAAUAAGUUUGCUGACUGUACCUAAUUAGUAUAAUUUGUAUAUAAUUAACGCGUCUUCUUAAUCCGUCUUUCUAAUAAUACAUAUAUUAUUCAACUGUCAAAA